AUGGCUGAUGCUCCUGUUAGUGCUAUUAUUCAGGUUGCAUUGCAGGCGGUUGUUUCCCUUGCCGCUAAUCAUGUUAAUCUGGUUCGUGAAUUCCCAGAGGAGCUGAAGAAACUCGACAAAUCUGCUGCAAGGAUCCGAGGCUUCUUGGCUGGUGCCGACGAGGACAAGCAUAGCCCAGUGGUGCAAAAAUGGCUCAAGGAUCUGGAAGAAGAGGUUAUCAACGCUGACAAUGUGCUGGACGAGCUCAACUAUGAAAUUCUUCGUCGGAAGGUGAAGUAUCAAAAUCAACUCACGAAAAAGAAGGUAUUCUUCUGCUUUUCAUUCUUUAAUAAAAUUGGUUUUCGUUGGAGGUUGGGUUCAAUGAUCAGGGGGGUCAACGCGAACCUUGAAAGGAUCCAUCGGGAUGCCGGACGUUUGGGACUGCCCUACCUCCAAGUUGAAGAAGCAUUCGCUACUAUUGCUGCAGGAGCCACAACAAGCCGACAGACCGACUCUACUAUUGUGCGAAGAGAUGUCAUAGGAAGAGACGAGGAUGAAUCAGAAAUAGUUAAGAAGUUGUUGACCGAAUCUGAAAGUGUUAUUUCAGUUAUUCCCAUAACUGGCAUGGGUGGUUUAGGAAAAACAACUCUAGCUAAAGCCGUUUACAAAAAUGAGCAAAUUGUUGGACAUUUUGACCAAACAAUGUGGGUUUGUGUGGCUGAAAAAGUAGAUAGAAUCGAGGUGGUCUUCAAAAUGAUUCUAGAAUCGUUGAUAGGAGGAAAGGUUGAAGGGGAUCGUAGGGAGGAAAUAGUUAAAAAAAUUCAGCAUGAACUCAAGGAAAAAAGAUAUUUCCUUGUUCUUGAUGAUGUGUGGAAUGAUCAAGAAGAAUUGUUGAAUGACUUUUUCAGCACUUUGGCUGGACUCAAUGCGCAGAAAGGGAGCUGGUGUCUUGUUACUUCUCGGCUGCAAAAAGUGGCAAUUAUUCUGUCUAGACAUCCGCAGAUCAAUUUUACUCGCCAUGAGCUAGGAAAGCUAUGCGAUGAUGAUUGUUGGUCUAUCAUGAAAAAAUGGGCAAAUGUGGCGGAAGAAGUACCAGAAGACAUAAAGGAGCAAAUUUUAAGAAGAUGUGACGGUCUACCUCUGGCAGCAAGGUUAAUUGGAGGUUUGUUAUCUAGAAAGAGAGAAGAGAAUUGGCAAUCUAUUUUGGAGGAGAGUCUCUUGAAUGGAGAUCAGGGUGGGAUCGAGCAAAUACUUAAGGUGAGUUUUGAUCAUCUGUCACCUGCACCGGUUAAGAAAUGCUUUGCAUAUUGCUCAAUAUUUGAUCAAGAUACUGAAUUGGAACAAGAUCUACUAGUUGAGCUUUGGAUGGCUGAAGGCUUUCUUCAACCGGAUUCCCAAAAUGAAAGAAUGAUGGAGAAAAUAGGAUACGAGUAUUUGAGAAUUUUGCUGCAAACUUCCUUAUUGGAAGAAGUAAAAUGGGGGAGGAGAACAUGGUAUAAAAUGCAUGACCUUGUGCAUGAUUUUGCAAAAUCAAUUUUGAAUCGUAACAGCAGCAAUCAGGACCGUUACCUUGCCGUAUACUCAUCCGAAAGAAUGGUAGAAACCAUCAAUGCAAAACCAUCAGCAUCACUUCGCACAUUAUUUCUGAAGGGUGGCAUAGCUGAUGAUAUGUUAUCAAAGUUCAAAUACUUGCAUGUCCUAAAAUUGUUUGGAGCAAAUGCCAAAGAGUUGCCGACCUCCAUUGGCAAACUAAUACAUUUACACUUACUUGACAUUUCAAUUUCUAUGAUUACAACUUUGCCAGAAUCUCUUUGCAAACUUUACUGUUUGCAAACACUGAGAAUUGGCAAGCUUGAAGAAGGUUUUCCAAAGGAGAUGAGCAAUUUGAUUAGCAUGAGACAUCUUCACUAUAAUGAUUUUUUUACAGAACACAAAAUCCAAAUGCCAUCCCGGAUUGGACGAUGGACUUGUCUUCAAACAUUAGGGUUCUUUAACAUUGGUCGUCAGGAGGAAGGUCGUGGUAUCCAAGAACUUGGAACCUUGCAAGAUCUUAAAGGCUCCUUGGAGAUCAGAAAUCUUGAAUUAGUAAAUGGCAAAGAUGAUGCUGAACUAGCGAACCUAUCUAAAAAGCCAAAUAUGUAUCAGUUGGUGUUUGAGUGGGGCAAUAGGGAUGAGGAAAGUGAUAAAUGUGAUGAAGAUGUGUUGGAAGGCCUCCAACCUCACCCAAAUCUAAAAGAGUUACAAAUUUUGAAGUUCAUGGGUGAUCAGUUUCCACAAUGGUUCAUGAAUUUGACAUUGACAUCACUGGUGGAGUUGCGGGUGGAGGAUUGCACAAGAUGCAGCAAGCUCCCAGCACUAGGACAGCUGCCAUUCCUCAAGUGCCUCUAUCUGACUGGAUUGGAAAACACAACAUGCAUUGGGCUUUCAUUCUACAGUACAAGUGCUGAGGAGGACGGCGGAUCAGGAGGUUCAAGCACUAUUAGCAGACAAACAUUCUUUCCGGCCCUUAAAUUUCUCUCUCUUGAAAGGUUGGACAAUUUGAAAGAGUGGAAGGACGCACACGAAAUGAGGUCAACCGCAGAUGAAGUACAUGUGAUGGAUGUGUUUCCCGUGCUGGAAACACUGUAUAUUAGUGAUUGCCCCCAGCUGACCACCAUUCCAACUCCAAGUCGCUUCCCAAGUCUUGAUGUAUUGGAAAUCAAAGAGAAUUGCCAUGUUUUGCUGGUAGAAAAGGUUUUGAGCAAUAUAACCACACUCUCGUCCCUUGAAUUAUGUGGUCAUCGUCAACGCAUCGAGUCUCUAAAUUUUGUGAAACGACCAGAGAGUAGCUUGAGUAUUGAUGGCUGUGACAGUCUACCCACUGACAUGCUUGUGCGACUCUGUCUUUUUCCAACUCUUCAGCGUGUAGAAUUGAGAUUUGCCAAUAAUAUAACAACAUUAAGAGGAAUGAGUUGCGCCGCUUGUCUUAAGAGAUUGGCAGUCUUUUACUGUGAUAAUUUACGGGAGUUGCCAGAAGAUUUUUAUCAAUUUCAAGCUUUAGAGUACUUGAUGAUACGGAGUUGCCCGAGAAUUAAUUCAUUUGGAUAUCCAAAUCCUAAAAAUUCAUUUGGACAGAAAAGCCUCCUUAAGUCUCUUGAGCAAUUUACUGUCGAAGGGUGCAAUGCAUUAACAAGAUUACCAGCGGAAAUGUUCGAGUCCUGUACGUCUCUCCGAGAGCUGACUUUGUUCGAUUGCCCCAGUCUGGUCUCCUUUCCCCUUGAUUUGCGACGAACCCCUUCUCUCGAGAGCUUCAGUUUACGGGGGUGUCCCAACUUGAUAGCUGAGAUGCCUAGUGGAUUUGGCUAUCUUACCAGCUUAAGGGAAGUGAAGAUUGGCCCCUUCUCAGAUUACUCUGUAAUCGAAUUUGAUUGGGCUGGAUUGGCAUCUUCAUCUACACUCCAGUGCUUGGCUUUAGAUGGGAUGCCUGACACGAAAUCUCUGCCACUUCAGCUUCAAGACUUGACUACCAUCACAUCACUGUUUCUAAAUUACUUCGGAGCAAUCGAAGCCUUACCAGAUUGGCUUGAGAACCUUGCAUCUCUUGAAUACCUACGCCUGGGGGAUUUUCCAAAGCUUGAAUAUUUACCCUCUGCGGCUGCCAUGGAACGCCUCAAAUUAAGAUGUCUGCGAGUUAGUAAUUGUCCUCUAUUAACCGAAAGAUGCACUCCUCAAAGCGGCUCCGAACACUGCAGAAGACGUGAAGCUGCUGAAGCAAAUGGGGUGAUCAAGGGUCCUCUCAUGGAUGAUGAAAUUGCUGAUCAAUUCAAUGGUAUAAAAAGAUGUUACGCGGGCUCAGAUCAGAACUCCAACAUUGAGGUUGCCAUUGACAAAGUUAACGACUUCUACAUCAAGAAACUUUUGGCCGUGACGGUUAGACGGUAG